GAGCGGAGCGGGUGGUGCGCGGGGGGCGGGGAGCAAUGCGGAUCCCCUUCGGGCCACACCGAUCGCCCGCCGCCAUGGGGUCCUCGCAGAGCGUCGAGAUCCCUGGCGGGGGGACGGAAGGCUACCACGUCCUUCGGGUACAAGAAAAUUCCCCAGGACAUAGAGCUGGACUGGAGCCAUUCUUUGAUUUUAUUGUUUCUAUUAAUGGUUUGAGAUUAAAUAAAGACAAUGACACUCUAAAGGAUCUACUGAAAGCAAAUGUUGAAAAGCCUGUAAAAAUGCUGAUCUACAGUAGGAAAACACUGGAGCUGCGAGAGACAUUUGUCACCCCCAGCAACAUGUGGGGUGACCAGGGCUUGCUGGGAGUGAGCAUUCGUUUCAGCAGCUUUGAUGGGGCAAACGAAAAUGUUUGGCACGUAUUGGAAGUAGAAUCAAAUUCUUCCGCGGCACUGGCAGGUCUCAGUCUUGUAUCAUCUUGUAUCAUUGGAGCAGAUACAGUCAUGAAUGUGUCUGAAGAUCUGUUCAGCCUUAUUGAAACACAUGAAGCAAAACCACUGAAGCUUCAUGUGAAUAAUACAGACACUGAUAACUGUCCAGAAGUGAUUAUUACACCAAAUUCUGCAUGGGGUGGUGAAGGCAGCCUAGGAUGCGGCAUUGGAUACGGUUAUUUGCAUCGAAUACCAACCCGCCCGUUUGAAGAAGGGAAGAAAAUUUCUCUUCCUGGACAGAUGACUGGUACACCUAUUACUCCUCUUAAAGAUGGGUUUACAGAGGUCCAGCUGUCCUCAGUUAAUCGCCCAUCUUUGUCACCACCGGGAACUACAGAAAUUGAACAGGGUCUGUCUGGACUUUCUAUUAGCUCAACUCCACCAGCUGUCAGUAAUGUUUUCAGUACAGGUGUCCCAACAGUGCCAUUAUUGCCACCACAAGUAAACCAGUCCCUUACUUCUGUGCCACCAAUGAACCCAGCUACUACAUUACUAGGUCUGAUGCCUUUACCCACAGGACUGCCUAACCUGCCUGCCCUCGCCAACCUCAACCUCCCCACACCGCACGUCAUGCCAGGCGUCAGCUUACCGGAACUCGUGAACCCGGGUUUGCCACCUCUUCCUUCCUUGCCUCCCCGAAACUUAUCUGGCAUUGCACCUCUCCCCAUGCCAUACGAGCUCCUCCCGUCAUUCCCUUUGGUUCCGGAGGUGUCUUCUGCAGCAAGCUCAGGGGAGCUGCUCUCCUCUCUCCCACCCACCGGCAGCCCACUCUUCGACCCUGCCACGACCACUGCAAGGGCAGACGCUGCCUCCGCACCCGCUGCCUCCGCACCGGCUGUGGAUGUGACGCCCCCCGCCCCCAAGGCCCCCAGCACUGUUGAGGACAGAGGCUGCGAACCCACCCCAGCCAGCGAGAAGCCUGUCUCUGAGGUUACGGAUGAGAGUGCCUCCGAGUCACCCUAGCUUUGAAGCAGCCUUCGGAGUCAGCGUGGUGGGCUUAUUUAACCACGCGAGCAUGUCUGGAAAUGCAAACUGUCAUUAAUUUCAUCCUAGUUUGUACCAUACCUGUAGGCAUCCUGUAAAUAAUUCUAAGGGGAAAACUGAGGAAGAGGACAUGGGCUUGUAUCCUGCCAGGCUGGGGUGGUACUCACAGG